AUGUCGGAAAAUCGUUUCGUAACUCAGACUCUCUCAGAGCUUCAAGAAGCCAAUCGAAGUCCAAUAGAUGGUUAUGAAGAUUCACCCAUUCUGUCAUUAGAAGAAGCUGUGAAAAAACUAAUUCCACUCGUCCCUCUUGCCAUAAAUGAUGUUAUGAAAGCUAAAAAGAAAUGUAAUCGACAUUCAGAUUUAUUAACGCGGGAUGAAGCGGCGGCAAUAUAUCUUUACUCGAUGCCACCGCCUUUUCAUUGUUCUCUCAACACUGCACUUCGAGCUGAAAAUCGACCUGCACUUAAACCAUGGUUCGCCUACUUAAAAUUGUUUAUGACAGCUCUCAAGAAAUUACCAUCAAUUAAGGCGGUUGUUUGGAGAGGCGUUCGUGAUGAUGUGAGUUCAGUAUUCAACAACAAUAAUAUCGACAUUUGGUGGAGUGUAAAUUCAACUUCGAUGGAUCUGAAAAUUGUUGAACCGUUUCUAGGCAAACGAGGCACUGUGUUCAAUAUUGAAGCUGUGUAUGGCAAAGAUAUCUCUCAAUUUUCAGCAUUUCCACAGGAGAAAGAAGUUAUUUUAAUGCCUGGAACUUGUGUACAAGCCAAAGCCGUACCACUCAAUUUGGAUAAUCGUUUCUUCAUCGUUCACUUAGACGAAGUACCUCUUCAAAGUGAAUCACAAUCUGAGUCAAACCAUCUAUUUCAAUCGAUAAAACAAGAAUAUUAUAGAAAUGGUUAUAUUGAACGUCUGAUGAAUCCAGCAAAAUUCUAUCCGAUCGAAGAAAGUUACGUUAAUUUAGCCAUCGUCGAAACUAAAAAACAACAACAAAAAGAAAAACAACUUCAUGAUGCUUCUACUAGUGAUGCUAUACUGGGAAGUUAUGAAGAGAUUUAUGGAACAAAAACUACAAUAGAUCCCAAAAAUAUUUUUAACACAUGCAAAAGCCAAGAUAGGAAAGUGCUGGUAUUCGGACGUGCUGGAAUCGGAAAAUCUACAUUUUGCCGAUAUAUUGCUUAUCAGUGGGCGAUGGGUUCAUAUUGGACCGAGUACGAAUUAUUGGCUUUGAUUCCAUUACGUCGCUUAACAACUAAUCGAUAUCCUCCUUUAUCAAAUGGUCAGAACUAUUCUUUGAUUGAUCUUGUGAAAAAAGAGAUUUUUUCAUAUGAUCUAUCUGAAAGUGAAGACAAACUUCUAAAAAAACACUUUGAUGCAAAAAAGACUCUAUGGAUUUUGGAUGGAUAUGAUGAAAUUGCACGAAAUGUACCCUCACAUUUGGAAUGUUUAUUUGAACAAUUACUUAAAACUCCACAUCAUAUUUUAACAUCUCGUCCAUAUCAAAAUGUAUUAGCCUAUCAUGUACAAAUGGAAAUCACAGGUUUUACAGACGACAAUAUCAAACAAUAUGUGCAGAAAUUCUUUGAUCAAAUAAAAGAUGAAUUAGACAAUUCUUUGGACAAAAGUCAGAAAUUAUUCAGAUUCUUACAGACAAAUCCAUCUAUCUGGGGUGUUGCACAUAUUCCAGUGAAUCUAGAAUUAAUAUGUAGUCUUUGGAGUAACGAAGAUUUUAUAGAAACAAAAGAAUUAACAAUAACAUCAUUGUAUACACUUAUGGUUGAAUGGUUAUGUCGACGAUAUUUGUCAAAUCCAACCAAAACAAUUCAAAAUUUAUCUAAAGACGACGUCAAUCAACGCUGUGAAAAAGAAUUAGCAUUCUUAGAGAAUCUAGCCUUUUAUGGAAUGAAGAAUAACACUAUAAUUCUACGACCAAACCUACUGAGAAAAGCACUAAAUGAAGAAAAAAUCUCUUUUAAUGACCAUCCACAUAUACUCAAUAUGGGAAUUCUAAAAAGUUUUAAUAAACAAGGUAUCGAUACUCAAAUUGAAACAGAUAAAGAUCAUUAUUUUGUGCACCUCAGUUUUCAGGAAUAUUUUACAGCACGAUAUUUGAUUAAAGCUCUUAAAGAGUCUUCAACUCAUCGAGAAGAAAUGAAGUUUAUUCAACGACAAAAAUACAAUCAACGUUAUGCAUUAGUGUUUACUUUUCUAUCAGGUCUUUCCAGUGAGGCUGAUGCAGACACAUGUUUAAACGUCUUUUGGGGACUUCUAUUAACACCACCGAUAGAUCUUCUUGGAAUAAGACAUAUGCAACUUGUUAUUUCUUGCCUUGAAGAGACAUCAAACCAAUCAAUUAUUCCACAACACACUUUACUUAUAGAAUGGAUAGCGAAGUGCAUUGAGUAUAACUGGUCUACAGAAAACGAAAUUAUUCGUGAGUAUCUUACACAAUCAUUGAGAAGAGCACCAACGGUAAUCAGCAGUCAAAUAAUUAUAAAUGUACUUAUCCAGCUGCUUCAAAAUGAUGGUCCGCAUAUCAGAAUUGUAGUCCUCUCACUCAUUUCUGAAAUGAAUGGUUCGAAUCUACCGGCUGCACUGAUUAAAUUAGUGGCUACAGCACUAGAUGAUGAAGACACGAUAGUCAGAUCCUUUGCAUGCAAUGCUCUCGAAAAAAUGGGUGAAAAAGCAGCGAUGAAUGAAGUGAUCACUAAACUGGCUAGUGCAUUAGAAGAUAAUAGUGGUUGGGUCAAAGCCAGUGCAUGCGAAGCUCUCGGAAAAAUGGGUGAAAAAGCAGCGACGAAUGAAGUGAUUGCUAAACUGAUUAAUACAUUAGAAGAUGAGAUUGAAUGGAACCGAGCCAGUGCAUGUCGAGCUCUCGAAAAUAUAGGUGAAAAAGCAGCGACGAAUGAAGUGAUCACUAAACUGAUUAGUGUAUUAGAAGAUGAGAGUGAAGAGGUCAGACAGAGUGCAUUCGACGCUCUCAGAAAUAUAGGUGAUGAAGCAGCUAUGGAUGAAGUAAUUACUAAACUGAUUGGUGCAUUAGAAGACGAGAGUGAAUGGGUUAGAUCAAAUGCAUGCGACGCUCUUGGAAAAAUGGGUGAAAAAGUAGCGACAAAUGAAGUGAUCACUAAACUGUUCAGUGCAUUAAAAGAUGAGAGUGAAAAGGUCAGAUGGAAUGCAUGCCAAGCUCUCAAAAAUAUAAGUGAUGAAGCAGCUAUGAAUGAAGUAAUUACUAAACUGGUUAGUGCAUUAGACGACGAGAGUGAAUGGGUUAGAUCAAAUGCAUGCGACGCCCUCGAAAAAAUGCGUGAAAAAGCAGCGACAAAUGAAGUGAUUACUAAACUGAUUAGUACGUUAGAAGAUGAGAGUGAAAAGGUCAGAAGGAAUGCAUGCCAAGCUCUCGGAAGGAUCUGUGAAAUGGCAGCGCCGAAUCAAGUGAUCACUAAACUGGUUAGUGCAUUAGAAGAUAAUAGUGGUUGGGUCAGGGGCCAUGCAUGCGAAGCUCUCGGAAAAAUGGGUGAAAAAGCAGCGACGAAUGAAGUGAUUGCUAAACUGAUUAAUACAUUAGAAGAUGAGAUUGAACGGGUCAGAUCCUUUGCAUGCGAAGCUCUCGAAAAAAUGGGUGAAAAAGCAGCGACAAAUGAAGUGAUCACUAAACUGAUUAGUGCAUUAGAAGAUGAGAGUGAAGAGGUCAAAUGGAGUGCAUGUAACGCUCUCGUGAGAAUUGGUAAAAAAGCAGCGACAAAUGAAGUGAUCACUAAGCUUGUGAAUAUAGGUGAUGCUGAGGGGCUAUCGUCUUGUAUAGUUGCAAAAGCUAUAGAUGGCAUUUUUCGUUCGUCUGCUGUAAUGAUUGCUUUUGGUCCAAUGAUAAUUUCAGACCUUUGCAGCUAUGGAGAAAAAUUAGAGUGCUUGAAAAAUAUUUCACUGGAUGAAGUAAUCAAAAAAUUUUUCGAUACUCAAGAUGCUGAUUGGUUGUUGCCGUUGACUGAGAUAACACUCCGAAGAGGUGCUGCUGUUUCGAUGAAUGAAGAUAAGUUGAUUGUGUAUGAUAAUGGAGAACCAAUAGAACUACGUGCUCCAAAUUUGAAACUGCAAUACGAACUCAUUGAAGCUUUUACUAAUAAGGCAAAACCACUACACUUAUCAUCUUUUGGGAUACCGUCAAAUCUGGGCAAUUAA